CGGAUGUCCGAAGUUCAGAAGUUUUUCAGUGUGCGUUUCAUUGGGACACAAGGAUGGGGACAGCUUAAACACAACAAGUUGCACUGCGGUUAAGACUUUUCCCUCUUUUGCUUUUUUUUUUUAAAGGGAGGAACGAAGUCUUGUGAUUUGAGCGCCACUAUCUCCAAAGGAGUUAGAAGAGGAGCACUCAUUCUGCGUUUUUGGAGCUUUAUUUUUGCCGGAUCAAAGUGAAGACAUGCAGGCUCGCUACUCUGUCUCCAGUCCCAACUCACUGGGCGUCGUGCCGUACAUCAGCAGCGACCCGAGCUACUAUCGGGCCGCAGCCAGUGGGGGAUACACGGGGAUGCCAGCACCUAUGAACAUGUACUCUCACGCGGCUCAUGACCAGUACCCUGCCAGCAUGGCCCGGGCGUAUGGACCCUACACACCCCAGCCUCAGCCCAAGGAUAUGGUCAAACCCCCUUACAGUUACAUUGCGCUCAUCACUAUGGCUAUCCAAAACUCGCCUGACAAAAAGGUGACCCUGAAUGGGAUUUACCAGUUUAUCAUGGAAAGGUUUCCAUUUUACCGAGACAACAAGCAGGGCUGGCAGAACAGUAUCAGACACAAUCUGUCUCUGAAUGAGUGUUUUGUUAAAGUGCCCCGUGAUGAUAAAAAGCCCGGUAAAGGCAGCUACUGGACCUUGGACCCAGACUCUUACAACAUGUUUGAGAACGGGAGCUUCUUGAGAAGGAGACGGCGUUUCAAAAAGAAGGACGCACUAAAAGAGAAAGAAGAGCGGCUGCAGAAGGAGAUACCGCCGAGGCAACAGGGCCGGGAGCAGGAGCAGCCGGUGCAGGGCUCCCAGCCUGUGAGGAUCCAGGAUAUAAAAACGGAGAACGGGGCGGUCACGCCACCACAGGCCGAGUCGCCUUCCUUGAGCUCCGUUCCCAAAAUCGAGAGUCCAGACAGUAGCAGCAUGUCCAGCGGGAGCCCCCACAGCAUCCCCUCCAGUAGGUCCAUUGGUAUGGACAGUACCGAGCACCACCAACAUCACGGCCAGGCCUCGACGCAGGGCUUCAGCGUAGACAACAUCAUGACCUCCCUCCGGGGAUCUCCACAAGGGGCCACUGAGCUCAACUCCAGCCUCACCGCCUCCACCAGGACAGGUAUAACACCGUCUUUGUCCUUAAACUAUUCUCCAAGUCAGACAUCUGUCUAUAGUUCACCCUGUAACCAAAACUCCAUCUCCACUACCUCCAAUGCAACUUAUCAUUGUAACAUGCAAGCCAUGAGCCUUUACGCUGGGGACAGAUCUAGCCAUUUGGCACCGAGCACCACCGUGGACGAAACGUUGCCAGAUUACUCAGUCACAACCACCUCAUCCUCCCUGACCCACGGUAAUCUAAACUCUGGGCAGGAAAGCCACCAUCCCCACCAAGGAAGGUUGACCUCAUGGUACCUCAACCAGGCCGGGGACCUGGGCCAUCUGGGUGCAGCUUACCCAGCACAACAGCAGAACUUCCAUGCGGUCAGAGAGAUGUUCGAAUCCCAAAGAAUUGGCUUGAAUAAUUCACCUGUGAAUGGGAAUAGCAGCUGUCAGAUGUCAUUCCCACCAAGCCAAUCCAUCUAUCGCACAUCGGGAGCAUUCGUGUAUGACUGCAGCAAGUUCUGACCAAAAAAACAAAACAAAAACAGCCCAAAAACAGGGUCAGUAUUUCCCCCUCACGGUGUUUGAACUCGUUCAGUUAAAUCCAGCGUUGUUGCCCUUCCUUGCCUCCCUCACUCACACAUGGACUAAUAUGAAACAGAAAAGAAAACAAAAAAAGACUUGAUCUUUCUAAAGAACAGUGUUACUGCAAAUAACACGUAAGUCUCCCUUUGCUUUUGUGGCUUUAUGUGAUGUGUUAAAUAUAUGUCACUUUUCAUGGACGUGUAAAAUGCAUAUAGUAAUUUAUUUCUAAACUGUAGCCGGAUAUUAUGGACCAAACACCAAAAAAAGUGUUUCUAAAUUGAACUGCCUUAAGUGUCCUAAAAAAUUGUUCCAUUAUAAAAGUAAGAAAAAGGAACGUGUAUAUCGCCGUACUAUUUCAAAGAAUCUUCAUUUGUUGAAAAAAUAUUCUGAAGGAUUUGUUUGUUUGUUUAAUAAAUUGUCAUUUUAUGAGAGUUAAA